AUGGCUCAAAACAGCAAGAAAACGCUGAUCUAUGCGCUGGUGGCGCGUGGGACGCCACCGGUGAUACUGUCGGAGUACACAGAGUUCAGCGGUAAUUUCAACUCUAUAGCUUACCAGUGCCUUCAGAAGCUUCCUUCUUCCAACAAUAAGUUCACCUACACCUGCGAUAGCCACACCUUCAAUUACCUCGUUCACGAUGGCUUCACAUACUGUGUGGUUGCUGAAGAAUCAGCAGGAAGACAGGUUCCUAUGGCCUUUCUGGAGCGAAUUAAGGAUGACUUUGUAGCAAUGUAUGGUGGUGGAAAGGCUGCAACAGCUCCUGCUAAUAGCCUUAGCAAGGAAUUUGGACGAAAGUUGAAGGAACAUAUGCAGUACUGCACUGAGCAUCCUGAAGAGAUAAGCAAACUUUCAAAAGUGAAAGCACAGGUUUCAGAAGUUAAAGGUGUUAUGAUGGAAAAUAUUGAGAAGGUUCUUGAUCGUGGGGAGAAGAUAGAGCUUCUUGUGGAUAAGACUGAGAAUCUUCAUCAUCAGGCACAAGACUUCAGGAAUACUGGAACAACACUUCGGAGAAAAAUGUGGCUGCAAAACAUGAAGAUUAAACUCAUUGUUUUGGCUAUUGUUGUUGCCUUGAUCCUCAUCAUAGUUCUGUCUGUCUGCAAGGGGUUCAAAUGUUGA